AUGAAAUGGGUCAACUGGCUGGCGACUGUUUCAUUAGUGCGACUUGCCUAUGGAUUAGAACAGGAUUAUUGUUCCAGUGAAAACACAGGUACGGAUCUUAUCACAUACGGUUACCAAAGUAAUGGGUACUGUUCGGAUACCUGUCGUGGGAAGUCGUUCGAUUUUGCCAUAGUACAAGGAUAUUCCUGCUGGUGUUCUAACGAUCUCCCAUCUUCGCAGGUGUCAGUUUCGUCAUGCAGUGAGACCUGCCCAGGGUAUGGGGUAGAGGACUGUGGUGACACCAGUGCCGGAUUAUAUGGGUACUUGUACCUUGGAUCAGGCUCUCUGCCAUCCAUUAGUUCAAGUUCAAGUCCUAGUGGAACCACUUCGGAAUCCAGUGCAGAUCCCUCUUCUACAUCUACUGAUGAUGAUGGUACCACUGUUACAAACGAUGGGAGUUCUACUAGUGACACGGGUUCGGCAACCUCAUCAUCAUCAUCAUCAUCCUCCUCCUCCUCCUCCUCCUCCUCCUCCUCCUCCUCCUCUUCUUCUUCUUCUUCUUCUACUUCUUCUUCUACUUCUUCUUCUUCUUCUUCAUCUUCCUCUUCUUCUUCUUCAUCUUCCUCUUCAUCCUCAUCAUCAUCUUCGUCCUCUUCCUCAUCUUCAUCCCCAACAGCACAGACUACAACAACGUUAGAACCAUCUAUUUCUGUUCUUUAUUCGGUGGAAACGAUCACAGCAGAACCAUCGACAGAUAGCAAUAGUAACGGUAGCAAUAGUAGGACCAACGAGAUUGUCACCACAAGGGUGAUAACAACAGUAUACUCGUCACCGUCUCAAACUAUUGCUGCGUCCACAUCAACUGAAAGCAACUCUAAUCGGGGAAAUUCAAGCUUUUGGGACUCAUCGGGCAAAGUAGGGGGAACCUUCGCUGUAGUAGGGGUAGUGGUAGCUGCAAUACUCGCUAUUCUGCUCAUAUUAUUCCUCAAGUACAGAAAGAACAAAGAACAACAAGACUUUGAAAAGACAUACGAUGAGGUGAAAAGAUCAGCUACUGGAGCAUACUCUACUUCGUCUUCUUCCCAAAUACAUAGCAGUGGCGGUGGUGGUGGUGCAGCACCCUUUGUUUACACAGAUGAAAAGGGUAUUGUGAACACGACGACAACCAGUCCUAAAUCGCCGACAUCAAACACCCAGCAACCCGUUAAUACCCCCGAGUCUGAAGUAUCAGAACCUGUUGUCCUUGACCAAAGGCUGGAUCCACAACAUUUAAUGUCGCAAUGGGAAACGAACGGAAGUAGAGUAUCACUCGCUGACGAUGUUGACUAUUCGAGAAAAGUAUUAAGAGUAAUCAACGAAUGA